AUGUUAUUGAUUCUUGAUGAAGAUCAACAAACUGUUUGGAAUGGAAAAAUCCGAACGAAUAUUAAAAUUAAUAUUGCCAGACGAUAUGGAUGUGGUGCCGGUAUACGUGAUCGUUAUGUUCAAAACAUUCCUUAUCCAUGUUUUAUCUCUGUUGAAAAAGAUGCCAGUAGUACCGCUAUUGGGGCAACACGAGGUGAUGGCACCAUUGGUUCGUCGUGUCGUGAAGAGGCUGGUAUUGAUUUAUUUGCUGAACAAGCUCUUUGGUCGGAGAUUAUGGCGAUCUGUCGUGAAGACUAUCAUGUCUUACAUGAAGCGAUUUUAUUUGAUACGUAUUUAAGUAAGGAGCCCGCUGAAAUUUUUGAAAACGUUGCUGAUGAACAAUUUGUUAAACAAUUAAAAUAUCAUUCCCGAAUAAGUCACUAUGGUCAAUUAUCAACGAUGAAUCGUCAUGAUAGAAAGAACAUUCAUGGAAAAAUUUCGAUGUGUUCUUAA